AUGUUUCCCACAUUCACCGGCGACUCUCGGCGGCCGCGCAACGUGAACCUCAGCAGACAGCGGCCCUCGAAUCCCUGGGGCCCCAGCGGCUGGGGCGCAAACCCAGGCGCAUCAUCUGGUGCCUCCAAGACGGUUGCCCAUGCUCAAGCAGAAAGGGAGAAGCGCCAGAAGAAUCGCGAAGAGCUUGUCGCUGCGAAGCGGCUCCAGAGGAUAUGGAGGGGAUGUUGCGCGAGGCAGAAGAUUAGAGAAAGUCAUCGUCGGGCAUUUGACAACGAAAUGCAGCGUGCCGGGGGUACCGAUCUUGGCCACAUCACCAAAACGUUGCCACUGCUGGUGGCUCUUUUUGACCCAAAGCGAGACGACGACCAGAAUAGAGCACGAGAUCAUCAACUCGGAAGCCUCAACCAGCACUCUCUUGAUCGCCUGGUCGGUCUCAUCGUCGCUGCCCUUGAAAGAGGACCAUUCGCUUCCGCCCGUGCGCUCCUACCCCUUUUAUCUGAGCUGGUGACAAAACGGCCUUGGAGUGUUGGCUCAAUCCUCGGCCGGUACUAUCAUGUUGCGGCACGGUACUUUUCAGAGGGCAUGGAUCCUGCCGAGCAAGCAAUGCUCUGCGACGUUGUCCGCGCACCCUUAUCUUCCGAGAAAGCAUUUGACUUCUUGACCUUUGACGGCCUUCCUGUGAUCAGACAGAACCCAGAGGUUCUGUCAGCUGUCAUAGAUCACCGCUUGCUUUCAGAUAUCAUAUCCAAUGCUAUCUUGUCUGGCACAUCCGCAAACAAAACAUCGAGGGACGGUCAGUUAUGGCUCCUAGCACAUUUCAUCGCGCUCAGCAGAACAUCCGCCGGCGGUCAGGAUACCAUUUACCUGAGAGCUCUUUACCUUCAACUUUCGAGUCUUGCCGUCGAUAUCCGUUUGCGGUACAACCAGGAUGACAGUGGCAAUGGCGAUCAGGUUUCGGACGACGAGGAUCUCAAAAUACUUGAUCCUGCGUCAUCCACAUUAUCUGAUUUCGUUGCCGAGCAGCUUGAGUUUCUCGUCAACGACGAUGGCAUUAGUGAACUCUUGCGGAGAUUCACCACAACGUCAUCGCCCAGUGCAGGGCUCUCGGAGGACGCUAAUCUGCUCGCUGGCUACACGUUGGCUUUGCUCAAGUGCUUUCCAAACCAUGGCGACGAUAUCAAGAUGCGGCUCUUUCAUGGCGACAUUACGACGAGCGAUUCCGGCAAACAGCACACUGUGCCGACCGUGAAGUACUUCUGGCACGCGGCGUCAAGGACCGAGAUAUUUCGUAAGCUGAUGCAAAGCAAGAUUACGCAUCCUGCCUCAGUUUUAGGUCCCUUGCUGCAGCCGGGAUCCAAGCACAAUGAGGAGUGGCGCACAAUGCUAUUAUUUCUCGAGCUCUAUAACUUUCUGCUGCGUGUCACGGAUGACGAGGAUUUCCUGCCUUCAACCUUUCAAGCGAUGUCUCAGCAGAGCCCGCAAACAGAACGCAUUCGAUCCAGCGGGCUAGACCAGGAAGAACUCAUAGCGCUAACGAGCUUUCUGAAAAAUCUCACGUUCCCGUUAUAUCACGAUCUACCAAGCAUAAUUUCUUCGGCCAAGGAGCCCGCGCGACUUGACCAUUUCAUGGGGCUACAACCCAAGCCUUUAGCUCAAUCUGGAUCCUCACAAGAGUCCUUAUCUCCCACCUUCGGGAAUGACGUUAUUGGCCUCCGUCAGAUUGCUACCAGCACCAUGAGAUCACUAUACGAGAGGGACUCAUGCCGAAAGUUUCUGCCGCAAGACUUCUGGUUGAUGACAUCAAAGUUCUACAUGAACGGGUUUAUUUCAGCGGUCGUUCUGGAGGAGCAGCAGAAGAACGACACCACUGAAGAAGACGACGAGGACGAGGAUGAGAUUGACAGAACCCGAUUUCAUACUGCAAGUGUCUCGCGCAUAUCACGGGCUGCCCAGAUCGAGCGACAUCGGCAACUAUGCAGGAUGAAGCGCGAGAGGUUACUGGCGCAAGUGACCCCUAAACUCGAGAUUCUCAGGAAUAUGCCCUUUAUUAUCCCCUUCGAGAUUCGAGUGAAGAUCUUUCCGACAGUUCAUCGCCCUCGACAAGAACCGCAGGCGCGGUGGCUAUGA